CUAAUAUUUUGGGGAGGUUUCGACUGGUGUCGAGUUCUUCCCGACCUCAAAUUUGGAUGUUUAUUGUUGACUGUUUUUUUGUGAACACCUCGUCCAAAUGACUGAGCCAGGGUGCAGCCGGAGACGUGGCUCCCCACUCGGGAAGACCUACGGCUAAAGUUUGAGGGGCUCCGUCCGUUCCUUCUCCCCACCUUUGCGCUGGAUUUGCAAUAAAUUGCACCAAGCAGCGGAUAUCCUUAUCUAAUCUCCGCACACGGAUAGUAAGGGGGGGCGGGAUUCACUCCACUUGGAUUUAUACAGCUGCUGGAUUUCACCCCCAUCUAAAUCAUGACGAGCGUUAUACUUGAUGGGGGGCGACUCCUUCUCCUGGUGAUGUGGCUGAACCUUGUGCCUCAAACUGACAGCUGCCCUGCCAAGUGUGUGUGCUACAGUGAGCCCAGGCCCACUGUGGCCUGCCAACAACAAGGACUGUUUUCCAUCCCCACUGAGAUCCCCGUGCGGAGCCAGCGGAUAUUCCUCCAGAGCAACAAGCUGACGGUAGUGCAGUCCACUAGCUUCAGUUCAUGCCACAAUCUUACCGUUCUCUGGCUGUACUCCAACAACAUCAGCUACAUUGAUGCCAGGGCCUUCUCCGGCUUGGACAAACUGGAGGAGCUGGACAUUGGAGACAACAACAACCUCCGCAUCAUCAGUCCGACAGCUUUUCAGGGCUUAACCAAGCUGCACACCCUGCAUCUGCACAGAUGUGGCCUGUCAGAGCUCCCUGUCAAGGUUUUCCGAGGAAUGUUCUCCCUACAGUACCUUUACCUGCAGGACAAUAACAUUCUGACCCUGCACGAUGAGACGUUCCUCGACCUUGCCAACCUCACUUAUCUCUACCUGCACAAUAACAAGAUCAAGAUCGUAACGGACAACAUGUUUCGGGGCUUAAUCAAUUUGGACCGGUUGCUGCUACACCAGAACCGGGUUAUCUAUGUCCAACCUAGAGCGUUUAGUGAUCUUGGUAAGCUGAAAUCCUUGUUCUUGUUCUUCAACAAUCUCACCGUCUUGACAGGAGAAACCAUGGACCCACUGGUUUCUCUCCAGUAUUUGCGUUUGAAUGGGAACCAGUGGAUCUGUGACUGCCGAGCGAGGACCUUAUGGGACUGGUUUAAACGUUUCAAAGGCUCCAGCUCUGAGUUAGAGUGCUACGUGCCUGAGUUCCUGGCCGGGAAAGACCUGAAACGACUGAAAAGUGAAGACUUGGAGGGAUGUGUGGAAACGCCUCAAAUCCAAACCAGUCUCUUCAGCUCCAAGGGACAGCCUGGGAAAUUCCCUUCAACUGAAAGCCCCCUUGGGGAAACCAUCCCCAGGUGCUGCCUUGGAGAUAAUGAUAAAUCCUCUAUUCUGUCUGGAAAAAGCCGCCAAAUUACUAACAAUCCCCUAAAGGAAAAGGAGAACAUAUCCAAGACGAAAUAUAAAGAGCAGGAAAGAACAAAAAAUGAGACUCAGCACAAGCAGAAUGACGGACCGCUUGGAACCCUGUCCAACACCCUGGGUAACUCUUUGGAAAACCUAAACCCUGACCUUAUAGACAAUAUGGAGUCUUCUACAGCGUCAAACAAAAAGAAAAAGAAGUGUUCUAAAAAGCCCAAAUCAGAUGCCCACUGCAUCAAAGGCCGGGCUUCUUCCUUGGAAGUGUUGCGCUUUCUCUUCAUUCCCAUGACCUGGAUAUCUCUAGCCAUGUCUUAGGACUUCUGAUCUUAUUGUGAACAAAGGACUCAAGAAUGUUGAUGCUCAUGACAAUGAUCCAGAAGAUGCAGUGACAUCUACAACAGGCAGUGACUGAAAAGUGAGGAGUUACAUGGACUCGAUGUUGCCCGAUGAGGACAAAUAAUGAGGAGGUUAGAGUACAUUUAACAAAAUGGAUGCCUUUACAGAACACUACAGAUCUAAUGUAAAUAAUGAAUUGGUGCCCAAAAUUGUUUGUUCUCUAUGUACUCAACUGUACCGUGUCUAAGCUACACUUUGGAGACUCCUCUCUUUUCCUUCUCAAAAGCUUUUACUGCUUAGACAGACCACUGGAGGAAAAAAGACAACAACAACAAAAAAAUAAACACAAGAA